ACUUCCGGUAACAACAUAUGCGGCGGCGGCAGCUGCAGCAGCAGCAACAACAACAACCGUUUAGACGCUCUGGGGUGUGUGUGGAAGAGGUGACGACUCAUGUUUUUGCGUAGGGACCCGGAAGCCCGUUUCCUCCGCCGGCUGCACGAGGCCGCCUGACGACGGUCCCUCCCCCCCGCUGCUUAUAAGGCUCGCGCACCCGAUUUGAACACGGCUCGUCGCGGCGGCGGUUGGGACUGGAGCUAGCACAGGUAAGGGGAGCCUUGAGCGCGACACCGGUUGGGGGGAGCUGCCAUUUGAGGCUAAUCGGGGAGUGGGGAGCGGACUUUGCCGUCUCUCAUCCAGCCCCGGGUUGGGAUGCGGUUGGGCAGCAUCUCUCUUUGAGCGGGUUUUCAUGGCUGGGAAGUUGCCCCAGCUGCCUGUGUCCUUCAUAGGGUUAAGUUCCUCCACGCAUCCCUUCCUUGCACAGUCUGGCUCUUCACAUCAGAGUGUCACACGCCUGAAAUCGCCUUGGGAAUAGUUCAGAUGUGGUGUAAUCUCUCCCCACCCCCAGCCGGCAGCCCUUCCGGUGCAUGUGCAUGGAGGAAAAUAAUAAUAUUUUUUUUUAAAAGCCACCAAACCUGUUUAAUAAUUUGGGUAUUUAGGAACCGAGGAAAGUGGUUGCAUAACAGGUAACUUCUGGUUAAGUUAACUUGGGCUACAGUCCUAUUGCAUACUUAGGUUGGAAUAAGUCUCGCUGGAUUCAGUAGAAGUUUCUCAAUAGACAUUAAUGCAGUUUUGCCAUUGGAUAUGUGCCUCUUGCCAAAGCUGUCUUCCUUCCUGCAGUUCUACUCAUUUUACAUUUUUGCAGUUCACCUUGAAAUUAUUUAUAAAGGGAAGUUUAUAUAUGACCUGACUAUCUGACUAGUUUUUUCUCUCCAUAUAAGCUUGUGCAUGCCAAAACAAGCAAAAUCCUAAUUGGAGAGAUGUUUGCCAUUUCUGCUUUAAAUCUAGGUCUCCAGAUCACCAGUACAUUGAAUUGUUGGCCUGGCCUAUGACAUGCCACUUUUCUUUGCCUCUACCUCUUUGGCUUUAGGACUGACCCUGUACUUAGGCUGGAUGAGACAAUUGCUUGAGGCAGCAGAUACCAUUAUUGGUGUGGUGGUGUGCCUGUCUAGUCAUCAGCCCUUUGACACUUCCCUGUCAGAGAUCACCGCUGCUGGUGCCACAAAGGCUUUCAUACACCCACUAAACUUUGCCUGUUGCCAAUGUUGAAGUAUGGUUUAACUGCCAGUUGAGCCAACUUCUGAAUAUGGUAUGGACAGCACCAUCUUGACCUUUGCCUUAGACAGCAAUAUGUCUUGGGCAGGUUCUGCUAUGGUGCCCUGCUAUGGUGAGGGUUUAGAGAGGAUGCAACUCAGUGGUGCAGCACAUGCUUUGUGUGCUUAAAGUCCUCAAUUUACCGGUAAGUCCUGGCAUUGCUGCGUUUAACUUUUUAUGUGUUGAAGAUGAGAUCCUGGAUUGCUAUUUUGCCAGUCAGAAUGGUCAGAGAUACCAGUGUCUUGAAGCAAGGUUUUGUUUCAUUGCAAAGGCAAUGAUUCUAUUGUUACUUCUGGAUUUUAUAGAUAGAACCCUACAUUACACACGUUACUUGAAUGUUGGUUUUCUUUCCUUACACAUUUGUGGAGGGUGAGCAUGGCAUGUCACCAGCAUUUGUUUGGUGUGGAGAAUGUGAACUACCUGCCCUGUUUGGGCGUGGAUUAAUUAUAAUAUUCUAACAUCCAUACUUUCUGUAUGCUGCGUUAAUCUUGCAUCAGAUGGGAUUAUAGUCACAUUUGUCCAUGGAAGGGGGAGUGACUUUCAGUCCUGAUCUUUGAUCACUUUCUCUGCUCACAUCUGUGACAUCUGCGGUGCAGUUGAACUGAUGUCCGGUCAAUGUCUCCUGUGUAUGUGUGGUGCUGGAGCUGUGAGCUAAUGAGUUGCACUUGACAUGAGAACUUAAGACACUCUCCUUUCCAGCUCCCACAAAAUUUGACAGUGGAUAGAAUGUGGCACUAUAUGUGCUUUGUUGUAAUUUAGAUCUGUAGCCUGCUUAAUAUGCAUAGUUUUGCAUAAAAUUAGGGUGUUCAUUAUUUAUGCUUUGUGGAUUUCACCUUCUGUGGUAGCUGUCAUAAGUUUGAAGUGUGGUGAUUAGGCACCUGUUCACGUUUUUACCUUGAGAAAUGUCAUUUGGGCUUUGGUCGGAUAUUGUUCAGUUAGUUAUAUAGUUUUAGCAUUUAUUUAGCUGCUUCUCAGAUUUACUCAGGGUGAGAUACCGAAAUUAAGCAUUUUAAAAAUUAGCUAAGCUAAACAUCAAUAAAAUCAGAAUCAGAUACACCAUUAAGAUAUUACAAAUACAGUAGAUAUGUUUUAAUGCAUAGAAAUAGAGUAGCAGUAUAAAAAUGUAUGUUAUAGAUAAGGAUUAAAAUCUUCCUUAGCAAAGCUGAAUUUAUUGUGGUAUGUAUUCUUGCAUUUCAGGCUGAAGAAAUAAAACAGAUUGACAUAUAUAACUACUAGCCAACCAAUGACUGCUGUGAAACAAAGAGCUUAAGGCUCUCUGUAGCUUUUCAAUGCUAACCUAGGAGUAAACUCUUAAUGUGCUCAGUGAGGGUUACUUCUGAACAGACAUACAUAGGAUUGCAGUGUUGGUGAAGCAAAUUUUGAAAUGUCCUCUGCUGAAGUUACCUACUGUGUACAGGUUGUGUCUGAAAGGUGUUUCUCCUUUCCCUAUGCAAACUUCAGAAUAAUCCAUAAUGUUGUAAUUAGAGAUGGGCAGAGGAAUCAUGUCGAGAUGAGGUGGGGCAGAGACUCCAUGACAGAGGAACUGCUGCUUCUUAUGCCCUGCUGGCUAGGGUGAAAGUUGGUGGGGCAGGGCAAUUAAAAGAAAUUCUGCCGUGAUGCAAUUGCCUGUUUGGGAAAAGGAAAUAACUAUGGUAGUUCAAGGGUUGGCAUAGUUUUGUGGCCAGUUUGGGAGAAUGGAAGGACUUUAGAUCUUAUGGAUCCAAGCCCCCACCCUCAUAUUUCUCCUUUUCAUCCCCCACUGAUAGGAAGGGUGUGGUGGUGAAGAAGCCUCUGGCAGUAGAAAACAUCCUUCUCUGACUCUCUCCAGCCAUGGAGGGGAAGGCUAUGGCAUUCUGCAGCCCAUUGGCUGCCCACCCUGGCAGCUGAAGGGGAAAGGUGAUACUGGCUUUAUUAAUGUCUGUGGGGGAGUGCUGAAAGACAAAUUGCACAAAAACAUGUGCUUUUCGUUAUUUACAUCAUGCUCUUUUUUGCUAUAUGUUUCUUCCAAUGGGCAUUGUUCAUUACAGGAUAUGAGGUUUUAUCCUAGAUGUUCCAAUAGUCAGCUUCUGGAAUGUCCAUCUCAGGAUUAUUGCUAAAAAUAAUUGCUUUGUAGGAAAAAAACAGAGAUAAAUCCUUGGAAAAGCCACAGAGAGCCUUAAGCUCUUGGUUUCACAGAAGUCAUUGGUUGGCUAGUAGUUAUAUAUGUCAAUCUGGUUUAUCUCUUCAGCCUGUUCAGUUAGUACUUAGUAUAAAGGAGAGCACAACCUAUUUUUCAUAAAUAUUGUUGACAGGUUUCAGUAGUUACAAAUAUAGUUUUAUUAGAGCCUCUCUUGUGAAACUCUCCCAUGUGUAUAAAAUCUUAAUUUUCAGUUAAUUUUUAAUCUGUUACCCAUUUUACAGUCUGAUUCUAAUGCAUUUCUACUGAAUGUGUCUCCUAGAUAAGUAUGCACGGUUUGCAGUCUUAUACCAUUAGUUGCCCUUGCAAACAGUAUAUAUGGCAAUAUAGGCUCUUUGCAGUUUGGAUAGCUGCUUUAUUUUUUGGAUUUCACCAAAGCCUAGCCUCUAAACACUUCACCGAAGCAAUGCAACAUCUUUAUUUAAGCAGGCUUGUAUUAAUAGAGGAAGUGUAUGUGGUAUUUAAGUUUUGUAUGUUUUUGCUUCUUAUUGCCUAUGUUCUUAUUGUCCAUCUAAGAACAGGUUAAUUUAUAAAUAAAAAAUGAAUUUUUACUGUAUUCUUCAAAGAUGAGAAGCAUGUUAUAAAAUUGUACUGAACACAAUACUGAUUUUUGGAAUGCAAAACAACUGGCAUAAUUAUUUGUUCUGAAAAGCGGAAGCUUUUGUUCCGCUCAUAGUCAUUACAAGUGUAUCUGUUGUUCCUAGACUACAGUACACAGCUUGUGAUCUGCUGCAGAUCAGAACACUGUGUUACAAAAAUAAGUUAAAAUGCUUAUUUGAGUUAUUAUCAGUUGUAAAAAGCAUGAUUAAUAGUAAUUAAUAUUACCAUCAGCCGAAAUACAGUUUAAUUCUUCAAUACCAUUCAGUGCUUAUUUAAUGCCAGUCACGUGCUGUGCACUAUACUGAAGUGAUAGAAAACUGUUUUGGAUGUAAUGACGUUGCAUAGGGAAUAGGAGACGACACCCCCACCCCAAGUGGAAGCCCUCCCUGAAUUAAGUUUUUGAAUUUUUAUAUUCAGGGUUAAAUGAUGUAUACUGUGCUCUGCUGUUAGCAAUGAGCUGCAAUGAACAUUUCAUCUAUAAAGCCCAAAUGAUUUAGGAUCUGUGUACCUUUAAAUGUCUUUGCUGCUGCAGAUUGGACAUGUUUAUGCAAAUUACUAGAUCAGUGUUGAGAUUCUAGGCUAUAUUUCUUCCAUCGUGAGUUCGCAUUUAUGGCCUAAUUCAGGAGACCUUUGAUUUGUUGACCUUCUAAGAAUUGUGCAAGACUCAUGGUUGUUGUUUUUUUAAUCUGGCUUUGCUCAUUUGUAUGUAUGUAUGAUGUAUGGGCAAAAUAAGGCUCUCAGCCUUAUCAAGCCUUCACAAUCUCCUCACUCAGCAGCCUACACUACUGUUACUGAAUUGUUUGGUGGGGGGGUUGGUCCAUAUUGUAGCUUGUGAAACCAUCUUCUGAUUACUCCUGUGAUAAGUUGUUGGGAUUCUUACCUUUUCUUUGUUGAUCUCUUUUAAAACAUGUAAAUAAAGUUCAUAUAAUUGUUCUACAUUAAGUGAUUUGACAAGUUCUAUGUUGUCACAACAUGCAUUCUUUCUCUAAAAGUUGUUUUUAUUCUGUUCAUGCGCCUAUGUGCAAGUCAAGAAUGGAUAACUACUUUUGAGUUUGGGGAUUGACCUUGGAAAGCCUGUUCUGCCUGCACAAGUCCCACUAAAAUUAGCAGGUUUUAUGAUGAGAAACUAUGAGCUUAUACAGCUUUCCUUCAGCUUUUUAGUAAAUACAAGCUAAUACUGAAAAACGUAAUGUAGGUGCCUAAUUUACAAGGUGACUGAAGUAGACUUCAGGGAGGAUGUUUUUAAUUGCAGUCUAAAACAUAUGUUGGACAUAUUUAGGAUACAGUCCUUUGCACAACUCUAAGUUGCUGUUAUAUUCUAUUGAAAUCAACAGGAUUUAAGUAUUCCAUCUGUAUACACAAUGCAGCCUCGCAUGUAUUGCCAUGACUCCUUUCCCAGUGCAGUUUGUUUAUCUAGGCAAUGUCAUUGCUCCCUUAAUGCUAGAGAAUAGUGAAAGAAUUUCCAAGUCCUAAACAGCUGUCCUGAAGUUGCCUUCAAAGCUAGAACUUGUAAAAUAUUAUUUGGCAAAUAAUUGUGGAGAACACUUGCCAGAAUUCAGUCCCCCCCUCCCCAAAGUAGAAAUUCCUUUCACACACAUACAUAGGGAAGGGGCUGAUCUUUCAAUGCGCUGUCUCUUGCAGCUUUUAAGAGGUGCUGCUCUGCCUGACCUACUUCCCAAAAAUGUUGCAUUUUUCAUCUAGCCCAUAAAAGGAAGUGGCAAAGGGUAUAAAUAUGGAUAUAAGGGUAAAGGGACCCCUGACCAUUAGGUCCAGUCGUGGCCGACUCUAGGGUUGUGGCGCUCAUCUCGCUUUAUUGGCCGAGGGAGCUGGCGUACAGCUUACGGGUUACAUGGCCAGCAUGACUAAGCCACUUCUGGCCAACCAGAGCAGUGCACCAAAACGGCAUUUACCUUCCCGCCGGAGCGGUACCUAUUUAUCUACUUGCACUUUGACGUGCUUUUGAACUCCUAGGUUGGCAGGAGCUGGGACCAAGCAACAGGAGCUCACCCCGUUGCGGGGAUUCGAACUGCCGACCUUCUGAUCAGCAAGUCCUAGGCUCUGUGGUUUAAUCCACAGCGCCACCUGCAUCCCAAAUAUGGAUAUAGAUAGUCAUAAUAAAGUGGACUUCAUUAAGCCUGAGCAGAAAAAAUAGCUCUUGGAGUAUAAAGUCUUCCGUUAAAUAGCUUUAAUCAUGCUUUUCCAGUUUUCUCAAACACCUGAUAAGUUGCUUAAAAACAUGUGUGCUUUGUUUUAACGCAAUAAAAUAAAACGAAAUCUAGUUAUAUUUAUAUACUAGGGACAAAAAGUUUUUAAACACCACAGUCUCAUAAGAUACUUGGAAAAGAGAUAUUUCCUGCAAAACCACAGUGAAAGUGUUCCUGGUGUCUGCAGACUCACCUGAAUGCUUUCUAGUACAGUUAUAAGACUUCUGUUGGUGGUGGUUGUUUGCACUGAAAUUUUAAUGGUUUUCUGAAGUGUCAAAGUAAAGAUACCAGUUUGAUUUUUUUAAAGCCAGUAGUUAGGAUGAAUGAAAGUCGUAGUCCCAAAACAUCUGGAGGGCACCAGGUUGGAGAAGGCUGUUAUGGGUUAUGUUUGUCAUGCCUUUCAUUUGUUUUGUAAUCCUUUGUGUGAAAAUCACCUUAAUGCUGUGCACUGUUUAAGCAUAAUUGCAUGCAGAACCAUAGACUUUAUUUGCUUGUUAUUACAAAUAUGACUAUGAAACUGUUGCUUCUGUUGGUUAAUGAACUAAUCUGGGUGUAUCCUUGUGUUCCUCCCCCCCUUUAUAACCUGCAGGCUUGCAGAUGGGUCAGGGGCUGUGGAGAGUGGCCAGGAACCAGCAGCUGCAACACCAGGGAUACGCGGGACAAAGCUAUCUGUCCAGAGAGCAUGGUAGAAGGAUAGCUGCUAAUAACGUUUCAAACGCAAACCAUCGGAAACAUGCCCAGGGAGGCAUUGACAUUUACCAUCUGUUGAAAACUCGGAAGUCAAAAGAACAAGAAGGGUUCAUCAACCUGGAAAUGUUGCCUCCUGAACUUAGCUUUACCAUUUUGUCAUACCUGAAUGCAACAGACCUCUGUCUGGCUUCAUGUGUUUGGCAGGAUCUUGCUAAUGAUGAGCUUCUUUGGCAAGGGUAAGUUAAUGAGAGGUCAUGAGCACAGGUUAAAACAGUCAAUUUAGAUCCAGGAUUUCUUGUCCAAACCACUUGCUUCUUUAAACAAAACAUCAGAAAUGAAAAACUACUGUGUAAUUGUAAUUGUAGCUAAUUAACUGGGCUUUUUGAGCCUCCAAAUUGCAACCUAAAUCCGAUAAGGAGAGUACAGAGUGAUAGAACUUCAGGAGCAAUUAACUUAAGUUUUCAAAGGUGAUGGUACUUCAGAAAAAGAGUGUGCUCUCAGGUCAUGCAGAAGCAUUUCAGAAAUGGUAAGCGUUCUUGCACGUGCUUCUUACUCUUGUGGAAACCGUAACGGCUCUAUUAAAAAAGUAGGUACAUGAUGGUCUAAAGCAGGCAUAGGCAAACUCGGCCCUCUAGAUGUUUUGGGACUACAACCAUAAUCCCUAGGUAACACGACCAGUGGUCAGGGAUGAUGGGAAUUGUAGUCUCAAAACAUCUGGAGGGCCAAGUUUGCCUAUGCCUGGUCUAAAGACUCUAAAGUGAAACUACAUGUUUGGUGAGAGCAUGAAACAUAACACUGAACUUAUUGUGGCUGCUUCUAGAACUAUUCUUCAGCAUAGCUCCCACAAGUAUCAUUCAGUUGCUCAUGGAAAUUCAGUUCCUACCCUGGUCUACAUAUGGCUUGCUGAAUUUGAUAGUGCAAAUAUUUUUGAGAUCAGCACUUUGGGCUACAAGGUUGUCUUAAAUGGAAAUGGCCUGUUUUUGUGUAAUGGCACCAGUCAGUAAUGUUUCUGGAAGCAGAAAGUUAUCCUUCUCUUCAUAAUGCUCAAAACAACUGCUUGCCUGGCUACAACUUGUCUAACUGGUCACAAAAAAGGGAGAGUGGAGAAAAUGAGCUUUGUGUGUGCCACUUACCAACAUAUGGGUGUGCAUUAAUAAGAUUUUGUACCGGACAAAGUUAAAAAGCCCUUGGAAGGGUAAAAGGAAUGUGUUGACCCAUGCAAUUGGAAAUACGUCUUGAAUUUCUUCAUGAGAUUUAUUUUUUUCAGAAAAAUAAAUUUAAUAGUUCAAUUGCACCCUAAAGCACCAAGUUCCAGAUAUAGUUAGAUGUUCUUUACUUAUUAUAUACUGUCUAAAGGAUAGGCAGUACUGGGUUGUAAUCCUGCAUGAAGCUCACAACCACACACUGGAUGACAUUCCUUCUCUGUGAAUUGAUAAAUUAUCUGAAAGUAAAGCUGCUCUCUCCUAAUGCCUGGUAGGUUUAUUAUUUUUUUUAAGAUUCAAGCUUGGGUCAACUGAUGUUUACAUUUACUUACCCGGUUAGUCUCUGAAAUAUUAAUUAAUGAGACUUUUAGGAUGAGAAGGCAAGUACUGGAUAGCACCAUUCAUUAAGCCUCUCACGCUACAGAGGCUUACAUGUACUUACAGUUAUCUGUUUGACUGUUUCUGUGUGGAAAUUUAGACAUGUAUAUGUUUGGAAGAUUUUUGUACUGAUACUACUUGCGUUGGCAAUGAUGCAGUACAAAAAAAUAAGUCAGUUUUUCGGUAGUUGUGCAAAUCCUAGGUAUUUAAUUGGUUCACUGAUGUUCAUAAAACAUAAUGAAAAGUAUGUUUUAGACUAUUUAGAAAACUCCUAUUAAAGUCUGUGUACGAAGUUAUAUAACUGAAACAUUAAGUGGUACUUUUCAAGUACUACUGUAAUAUCUGGUGGGCUCCUAGAAUCCUGAAAUCUUGGACCUGAAAAUGAAUUAGAGCAUAACCUAUUUCCAUAUUGAACAUGCUUCUUCCAUUUUUGUAGAUUGUGCAAAUCCACUUGGGGUCACUGUUCCAUAUACAAUAAACGUCCGCCUCUGGGAUUUUCAUUUAGAAAAUUGUAUAUGCAGUUGGAUGAAGGCAGCCUCACCUUUAAUGCCAAUCCAGAAGAGGUGAGUUGAUGUUGAGGACAAUAGUAAGUGUUGGUGAUAGUUCUGGUGCUCUUGUUGGUUUCUAAACUGCUGGGCAGAUCUAAAGUUAGUGGAGCAUAGAAGUGCCCACUAGAUGUACAAUUGGAAAAAAAUAAUAAUCAUUAAUUAGAAGCAUACUUUUUGGUAUGUACAUUUUGUUGAAAUCCAUUUGUACUUGCUUAAAGCAAAUGUUUUAGGAUUAAGGUUUAACAGAAAGUACAUUAUUUUUACUUCGCCUUUGACUUCAGGUUUAUGAAUAAAUGUCUCAUUUGUAGAAAAAAUGAGAAAAUCAAUAUAUGCAGUUGUGGCACAAAACGCUAACACAAUCCAGUGUAGUAAAGCUGUUCAUUAAUUGGAACUUCAGCUUUGUUAUGGAAUUAAGAAACAAAGAAAGCUUGACUCAUAAUGAUUGUUUUACUUUAACAAAGGACGGAGUUGUCUCUGAUCACUUUGUAAUGCUGAAACAAACCUUAAAUCUAAAGUAACGGGUUUGAUAACUGAGAGCUUUGCUUAGCAGGUAGGUUAGAAAUACUCCAAAUAAAUACUGUUAUGUGUUACAUUUAUGUAUCCUGUGUGUGUUUAGAGCCCUUAAUUUUUUGAUCAUGUUCAUUUUCUAAUUUUCUGUUUGCUUUUUCUGUCUUGUAAAACUAUUUUGUUGAAAUAAAGAAAUGUUAGGUAAUCACCCCCUUGAGCCAACUUAAGUGGGCGGACCACCAACCUGUCAGUCCUCAUUAUGACAUCAGGUGAUUGACAAAUGAGGGUUUCCCAUCCACUUGUCAAAGCGGACCUAUGGGCUUGGGGGUGAUAAAGAUCUGGCCUGCUGGGCCCAAAAGGUUCCUCAGACUUGCACUAUAGGACCAUCAGCUAAUCUGUUCUUGUCAGUAGCAAACUAGUUAUGGCUUCCUUGCUGCUUUUAGCAAGGACAAACACUGAUGAAGGAGCACAAGCUGCUGUUGGGAGUAGGAGGAGUUUCCAGUGGGAGGAUACCAGAAGUGCCUUGUGCAAGUGUUAUGUUUCAUCAUAAAUUUUAUAAUUUUCAUUAAACGUGUGUAAGCGGUUUUCUUCUUCUCUUCCUCUUCUCUUCCUCAUGUGGAUAGUGUUUAGACUGCAGGCAUAGGCAAACUCGGCCCUCCAGAUAUUUUGGGACUACAACUCGCAUCAUCCCUGACCACUGGUCCUGUCAGCUAGGAAUGAUGGGAGUUAUACUCCCAAAGCAUCUGGAGGACCGAGUUUGCCUAUGCCUGGUUUAGAGCAAGAAUAGUCUAGAAAAUGUAAUCAUUAUUUCUGUAAUUUGAUUAUAAGAACUAGACAAAUAACAUAUUUUACGGCACAUGCUGGUCUGUGAGUUUCCUGAAAUAUAUUUUUUAACAUUUAGAAUAUGUUAUGUGGUUUCAAGACAUGUGCAAGCUAAACAUGCCUGCAUUUUAACAUCUUAUAACAUCUUAUAAGUUCAAAACCAUGCAUUCAUUUGAAUGUGAUCUUGUACCCAGCAGGACAUGAAAAUGACUGUUUUAAAGUAAAAUGAAUGCUAAAUAAUAAAGGCUGGCUAAAUUUUCAGCAUGAUACCCAGUUAGGAAAUGAAGUACGGUUCCACAGCAGUCUUAAAUUUCAACCUAGUAUGACACACACAAUCAAAAAAGAGAGAAGUUUCAUGUUGAAGGAAGUAUGUUUCCUGCUGCUUUACUACAUAUAAAAUCUCAUUCAUAACUACACUAAUGCAUGUUUUAUUUGCAUAUGAAUUGAAUGGCAUAUAUUGAAAUGUAGUUCUGAAGAUAGAAUUUCUUCAUCAUUAUUAGGAUUUGUUCCAUUCCAAAUUCCCCUGUUGAGCACAAAAACCUAAUAUUGCCUAUAUAAAACAUCUCUUUGUCCCAGGGAGUCAACUACUUCAUGUCCAAUGGAAUACUGGAUGAUUCACCAAAGGAAAUAGCUAAGUUUAUCUUCUGUACGAGAACACUAAAUUGGAAGAAACUGAGAAUCUAUCUUGAUGAAAGGUAACUUUAUUAUAAACUGGGAAGCAUUGUAUUCCCUUUUAUUUAGUAGAGUUGUAUUUUCAUUUGAAACACUGGAAGAAUGGGGCAUUAGUUAGUAAUAAAAUACAUCAAUUUAGUGACGGCAAAGCUGAGGAUCUUUUUAAAUUCUUUUUUUGGCACUUUACCAAUGAAAUUUUCCCAGUAGUGGAAAAAUGUGUUGAUAGCUAGUUUCUUGCAAUAGAAAUCUAGCAUUAAUUGGAAUGAUGCUCCUCUGCUCUUCAUCAAACACUUCAAAUUCUGGAAAGGAAAGUAAUCCCUCAGUUAAAAUCGUAUUCAGGUUGCAUCUGAUACCCACUUGCCCCAGUUAUAGAAUAAUUUCUUUAGCCAUAUUAGGUUCAAACUAGUAAGCACUACUUGCUAUAGUGCUUGAGCAAAUUCAGAUAUUCUUGAUACUAUUUUAAAAAUAUACUGUCCAUAUAUGGUAUUGAGGAUUUCCUAGGAAUAAUUAUUUGUUUACAUGCUCAAGACUAUCUCUGGGUUGCUGCCCUGGGACAGCUAUCUAGCUUGCAGAAGGAAUUCCAGAGCUGUUUUCUUGACUGCUAACUUUGGUUUUUAUCGGCUCACUAUGUACUGUAUGGAAUUGUGGUGUCUGCUGCUGCUGAUGAUGAUGAUCAUCAACAACAACAACAGUCAGAGUUGUGAUUCUGUUUAUAACAUAUCUUGGGAGAAAAAGUGAGAGCCCCUCACUUUUAUCCAGUCCAUGAAAGUCCAUGUAUUCUACAAAAUGUUUACGCCAUAAUAAAUUUAUUCCUGUUAAGGUACCACAACACUGUUGAUCUAUCCAGGGAGUUUUCUUUUAAACUGAAGCAAAGGAUAAAGUAAUGAAAGGCUAAAAAAGCCAAGCAGAUGUAGGAGUAAGAAAAUGGAACAUGUAAAUAGGCCCUUAGAAAGAGAAAAAGCAAAGUGUAUAACAGGAAAAAACCCAAAAAUGUUCCAUAUACAAAAACCCAUAGACAAAUGUCAGAAAGGAUAUCAAAGUGAUCUGAGGAUGAAAUGAGUUUUAGAGACAACUCAUUUUGGUAAAAACCUGGACUGUAAUUGGAGGCUGUAACUAACUUAUAGCAGAGGUGCCUGUUGUGACCUGCUUCCUGUAUACCUCUUCCAUCAUGUGUUUUCUUCCUUUUAUCUGACAUUCUCCAUUGUAAAUGUGUUCACAUAAAAUGUACCGUAUUUUUCGCUCUAUAACACGCACCCGACCAUAACACGCACGUAGUUUUUAGAGGAGGAAAACAAGGAAAAAAAAUAUUCUAAAUGAAACAGUGGAUGUAUGAUUUUUGUGGUUCAUGCUGUGGCCAGAGACAUGUGAUCUGACAGUGAGUUUGGAGUAGCCCAAUGCAAAAAUCCUGAGGAUCCAUGUGGAUCCAUGCUUUGUAACCACGUUUUUGCACCACUGCGGCCCCAGGCAACAGUGGGUGCGUGAUUUUUUUGGUGCAAGAUGUAGCCAUGGACAUGCUAUGUGAUCUGAUGGUGAAUUUGGGGUGACCCAGUGCAAAAAUCCUGAGGAUCCAUGUAGAUCCGUGCUUUGUAACCACGUUUUAAGUGGGGAGGGAAGGAAAAGCACUCAAGGGACAAGGAGCACGCGUGGGGUGUGUGGAGAAGGAUGCUGCUAAUAAUGCAGAAGAGGGGUUUAAGGGGAGAAGGAGCACGCGUGGGGUGGGUGGAGAAGGAUGCUGCUAAUAAUGCAGAAGAGGGGUAUAAGGGGAGAAGGCUCCUCUCCUCUCCCACUUUGCUCCUUUAAAGCAAGCAGGCUCUGCUUUCUCCCUCCUCCCCGCUCAUCCCCGGCUUAGCGAGCUGAAAAACUUUGCUGCUAUUUAGCGAGCUGAGUGGGGAGGAGAGAGGGACAGAGAGCCUGCUUGCUUUAAAGGAACCAACCGGACAGGAGCCGCUUACACUCGUGUAAGCGGCUCCUCUCCCGCUUUGCUCCUUUAAAGAAGCAGGCUCUCUGUCCCUCUCUCCUCCCCACUCAGCGGCUCUUCUCCCGCUUUGCUGUUUCAAAGCGAGCCACGGAGGAGGGAAGGAAGGGGAACCAUGGAUCCUCUGCUCACGACUGCAGCAGAUCCCCCCCGCCACUCGUAGGCAUUCCUUCCAUAACACGCACAGACAUUUCCCCUUACUUUCUAGGAGGAAAAAAGUGAGUGUUAUGGUGCAAAAAAUACGGUAUUAUUGUUUAGUAUUAUCUGUAGUUGGCUUUGUUUAUUUGUCAGUUGAUGGCUCAGGUGUUUGAAAUAUUAAGGUUUCAGUUCUGUACAUACGUACCUGGGAAGUAAGCUCCUUGGAAAUUGCCUACGUAGGAUUAGGUUGUAAAUUGUAUUGGAAAUAUUUUGAAAAUGUUCAUGUACAGUGGUACCUCGCAAGACGAAUGCCUCGCAAGACAAAAAACUCGCUAGACGAAAGGGUUUUUUGUCUUUUGAGCUGCUUCGCAAGACGAUUUUCCCUAUGGGCUUGCUUCGCAAGACGGAAACGUCUUGCAAGUUUGUUUCCUUUUUCUUACCACCGUUAAUACAGUUGCGACUUGACUUCGAGGAUCAACUCAUAGAACGUGGUUUGGUAACCUUUAUUGAGGUUUUUAAAGACUUUGGUGAUUUUUGAAGCUUUUCCAAAACUUUCCCGACACCGUGCUUCACAAGACGAAAAAAAUCGCGGAACGAAUUAAUUUCGUCUUGCGAGGCACCACUGUAAUCUUGAUUGGCGCUUACUGAGAGCUGUUGCAACCUGAAAAGUUUGAGGAAGUGUCCAGGAUAUACAGUCUCAUGGACAAUGCCAUGCAGAUUCUUAAGGUUGGGUGCAUUAAGAGCUGAACACUCAAAGAGCCAUCUUGUGAUUGAAAACAGCAGCCUCAGAACUGUUACUUAUUUUUCCAGCUCUAGUAGCUAUCAAUGAACCAGUCUUACAGACUACUGUACUACAUGCAUAUAUGAUAUAUGACCUUCAUCAGAUGUUUGCAUUACAGUGGCAUAUCUGAUUGCAUUACAGUGCAUUGUUUCAAUAUUUUAAAAGAACUGUUAGUCUUAUUGCCAUAUCUUUCUCUAGCAGAGGGAGGUUUUGUUUUCCAUUAUUUGCAUAUCUUGAUAAGUUAUGAUGUCUGGUUUUUUUUACAGUAUGUUGUUGAUACAUACAGACUUGCAAUGCAAUAUAUUUUUGCCAUUCUAUAUCCACAGAAAGAACAUAACUAUACAUAUUGCAACACCCUUUAACCAAUGGACAGGAAUCAUAAUACUUAGGUGUGAUUUGUACUAUAAAGAACACCAAUCGUGCUAAAUAUAUGUUAGGCUGAACUGUAUACUGUUUGUUCUGGUUUGUAGAUCUUCUCUUAUUAAGUCUGAAAUGAAGGAUUUAAAACAGAAAAGUAACCCUCUCCCCAAAGUCUUUAUGGUUACAGUUCUAUACACACCUGGGGGUAGGUUCCAUUGCAUUCACUGGGACUUGCAUCUGAGUAGAUUUGCAUAGGUUUCACUGAUAAGUUUCAAAAAUGUGUUUUGCACAAUUGUCACUUGUCUUAAAAGGCUUUUCUUUUUCCUUUUUUUUAAAUUAGGCGAGAUGUUUUAGAUGACCUUGUGACACUACACAACUUCAGAAAUCAAUUCUUGCCAAAUGCACUAAGAGAGUUUUUCAAGCACAUUCAUGCCCCUGAGGAGCGUGGUGAAUAUCUUGAGACUCUUAUUACAAAGUUCUCACACAGAUUUUGUGCUUGUAACCCUGAUUUGAUGAGAGAACUUGGCCUUAGCCCAGGUAAGAAGAAAUGGCCUGCAGUUUAGAUGGUGUGGAGUGUUGUUUUGUAGUAUUAAUCAAGUCCUGACAAAUAUGAAAAUGUUUCUUUUUAGGUCUUGCAUGAUUUAAGAGCUCUGAAUCUGCAUAUCCUUAUGGCUUAGUAAUGCGUUAAUGGAAUUUAUUUCCCAGUAAAUAUAGUUACUGUAACCCAACACAGGCUUAUGUUACUUUUAAGGUCAGAUUGGUUUUAGUGUAAUUUGAUCACCAGUAACUACACAGUGGAUUGUUCAGGUUAGAUGGACACCUCUAGUAAGCAUUGCGUACAGCAUUCCAAGUAUAGUCAUAUUCUCUGUGCUCCAUUCCUUUACCUGUGAUUGUUUCUUCUUUAACACAAGAAUAUUGAUGCAUCAUAGGUGAAGCUUGUUAGAGCAAGAGAUAGGACUAUUUUGGAAUUGGAAGCCCAGUUAUAGAACACCUCCAGGAAGACACAUGUAGCAAAAAAAACCACCAAUCCACCAGACAAAGCUCUCUCUUUUUUUUCACCCAACCAUUUAAAAACACUUAUGAUAAUAAAAAACAUUUUAAGUACUCUUAGUUGAUCCAGACAGUCAUGCUUAGAGUAGACCCAAGAAAACCCCAAGAAAAACAUAGGCAGGGCCCUGCCCUAAAAAAUAUUUGUUUAAAAAUUUGUUGUUGUAAAAAGUUGUGUUUUCUUAAAAUGUUAUCUGUUCAAAGUCAUGACUUUUUCUUCCCUUUCCCCUUAGAUGCUGUCUAUGUACUAUGCUACUCUUUGAUUCUGCUUUCCAUUGAUCUUACUAGUCCUCAUGUGAAAAAUAAAAUGUCAAAGAGAGAAUUUAUCCGAAAUACACGCCGCGCUGCUCAGAACAUUAGUGAAGAUUUCGUUGGGCACCUUUAUGACAAUAUCUACCUUAUAGGCCACGUGGCUGCCUAAAAAGCACAAUUUGCUAGGACUUAGAAUUUAUAGUUUAAAAGGAAUUGGAUCUCCAAUGAGAUUUGGGUUUUGUUUGUUUUGUUGGUAGAUAUGGGGGUUAUAUUAGUGCUGGUCAUUCUAACCUCCGUCUGCAAUCAAAAAUGUACAAGAACAACUUUUUUUAGCAAUUUACCAUGAGAACUGAAGAAUUUUGGAUUUUUUAAAAAUUUUGCUUACAGUUUGCACAAAAAUUACCAUUAGUUUGACAUGUUACAAUUUCUGAAUGUUAAACUGACAUUAUGAUUUUAAACUGACAAGAUGGUGGACUUAUGCAGUAGAUUUGCUUGAACACUUUAACCAGUUCUUUUGUUUUUUUUAAAUACCAUGUAAUGUGUACAUAUUUAAAGAGAUUUAUAACCAUAAUUAUUUUAUUGUAAAAUAUUUUAACUAAAAAAUUUCCUGUCUCUCUCUAGACUAGACUAUGUCUUUUCGUAUUUAUUUCUUUACUUUGUGAGACUGCUCUGGUUCAUUUUGCUGUUGCCUUUGUUUAAUAGCAUUUGGUGUGCACACUCUUCAAAAGCUAAUUUAAAGACACAAAGCAUUUUAGAUUCUAAGCUGCCAUUUACAGCCACCAGCCUAGCAUAAUUGGGUAGUAUCUGGCUGUCUUUGUGCCUCAGUGUUUAGUGCCUUAAAACGUUUUUGUAGCUAUAGCUCCUCAGGGUUGGGUGACUUCAUAGCAGCUGCCCAGAAAUAGUAAUAAUAAAAAAAUUAACACUGAAAAUCAUGGAGGUUAUGCAAGAACAGUUGCAUUACAGCUGAUUCAUUUCACUUCCACUUAAGCAAGAGACAUUCUUGGUGAAUUUGACCUAGAAUUAGUGGCUGGGAUCCUUUGCACAAGCCUAAGGCAUUUCUGUUUGCAUACGGUCCCUCUUACCCAAUUUCCACCAAUUCCUCCUGUUCAAGUCCUGACCCAACUAUUCAGAAAGAUCGAUGAUGCUCAGGAAUUCUUGAGGUGGGAGAAAUGAGAAAAGCGCAUUGUAUGUGUGAAGUUCCACCUAUGCAAUGUUAACAAUUAAAUCUCUCUCCUGCCUGGAGUAUCUGAAGUGUGCCUUGCAAAUGGAAAAUUCUCCUUUCUCAGUUACUUUCUGCUGCUACCUACUACAGUGCCUGUGAAUAGGUUGUGAGAAUUAUCUGAGCGGUAUUGUUCACCAACAGCAGCACAAGCAGUACUUGAGCUGGCACAGGUGAAACACAAUAAUCAUAACUCACAAGUGGGAAAACGUCCAUUUCCCCCUCAGUUAUAGCUGGUGUCCAUUUUUCUGUAGAAUAGUCCACCCAAGAACUAUAUAUGCUCAUGGAGUUUCACAGUAUGAAAACUAAGGGUCCUGAUUAUGAUAAUGAAAUGUUAAAGAAGAUAUUUAAAAGCUAUGGAAAUUAAGCAGCUUGGGUUCCUUUCAUUUCUGCACAAAUAACUGAACCUGCUUUUUUUCCCUUUGACCAAUCCCAGUGUGUGGAAAUAGGCUAUUUUCUUUUUUGGGUGAGGGAGGAUAAGGUUUUUAUUAAAAAAUCUCGUAGGGAUAGUAGUUAAACCCUCUCCAUCCCUGAAUAUAGGCAUAACUAAAGCCAGCUUUGAUAUGGAAUAUAACUCAUGCUAUAAUGUAGACAAACAUUAGCCACAGGAAAAGUUUGAGUCCCAAUAUAAAAACUUACCCAGGGCCUCAGAAUUUCCAUAGAAAACCCAGACAUCCAGAAGCAAAGAAAUGUGUUCAAUGUGUAAAUUUCAGUUCCAUGUUUUGUAGAUGUUCAGUAUAUCAGUUUCAUUCAGUUUUAUUUUAGAUACGAAAAAAAUCUUGUAAAGCUGCUAUUCCUUGUUUUCAGGGCUACUCUGUAUCUUUUGCAAAGCAAGUUAAACCCACCCUACAUUUGGGAGGAUACAUUUAAUAUAUCUUUAAACAUGCAAUAAGUUAAAACAUUUCUCAAAGCUUCAAAUAAAGGACAAAUUUGAAGAAUCAUCUACUGACUAAAAGGUCCUCGACUGACAAAGGCUGCGUGUGUCUGUUUUGAAAAGAUUUAAAACACCACUUGAAGUAAUGUGGUGUUGACAGUGCUUGAUAAUGCUAUUUAAUUCAUUAUAAUUGGUUUUUCCCAAUUACUAGGAUUCAUGAUUUAUGCGAACUACUCAUUUGUAGUUUCUUAGCUUGACAAACUGGUAUUACUUUUCAGCCAAUAUAAGUGCAUAGCUACACCAUUUAGAAGAAACUCAAAAUUACACUACAGAUUUCUUUAAAAAGAAAAAGGGGGGGAAGGCAGGCAUGCUUCCUAGUGAAUUGCAAAUGAAGGCAUGAAAUGCAGAUUGAGGAAUAUGUUGCCCCUUUUUAUGGUUAUUUUAAAUAAAUAUCUCACUCAAUAAGCUUAGAGUUGAUUACCAGCUUUUUCUUUUUUUUUUACUGCUUUUAGAAAAUCGUCUCCUCUAAUCUCCAAAGCAUUAUUUAAAUGAACAAAGGACAGACUUGAAGGAUUUCCUGUUUCCCUUGCCAUGCAUGUUUUGGCUUCAUUUUCAUUUAAAGUGUAAUAAGAUACAAACUUCACAAUCUGCAUGCAAAUCUGUCCCACUGUGCUAAAAGGCUUUUAAUAUUACUAUAGUGCAGUCCUAAGGAUGGCUAUGCAGAUGUAAGUAUAAAGUUCAAUGGGAUGUUAGCUUUAACUAGAUUAUUAUUAAACUGAUAAAUAAGAGUCCUUCAAAUAGCAUGCAUGUUUAGGUAUAAAUCUAAGCUUGCACUUUAACUAUUUUGACAGUGCUGUUUUUUUAGGAACUCUCUUGUUAAAGGUUUGUAUGCAAUGCACGUUUGUGAUCAAAUAGUCACCCAACUAUUCUGUGGCUCUGUGAGCCACAUUUUCAACACAGUUUGGUUGUGAAAUUGGACUUUUAAUUUUACAAUGAAAUUAAAAUCAUUUGCACCCUUAGUUAACCCUAUGUCUGUCUUCUGACUAAGAGCUGCAACUUCAUUGACAUUUAAAACAAAGCAAUUGGCAGUGGUGCUCCAGCUGUGCAGAACUGAAAUCUGCAGAUCCUUCCAGUAUCUAUGAAAAGGAAGGAACCCAUUGGCCACACCUUAAUCAGUAUGGCAGCUUUAGCUAUAUGCUCCACACAAGCAUCCAGAGGGUUGCCCACCCUGCUCCAUGGGGUUCAAAGCCCUCAUGGGCAAAACUUGGAAUCCGGGCAACUUCCAUUUUACAUGGGGGUUACAUUCCAGGGCAUCACACACAUCUGUGAAAUCGCAUAUAUUUGAAACAGCAUUGGAAAAGCCUGCAAACACUCUAUCCCGCCCCUUUUUGUGACAUUAAUGGGUCACUUCCGGGUUUGGGUUGAUGCGUGUGUGCACGGUCGCACACAUAUUGAACACACAUAAAUGGGGAGUUGCCUGUAAUCUAUCACCAUAAAGUGACUUGGGGCAUUCCCUGAUAACUCAUCUGCUCUUAGAGUAAGUUAAAGAGAGAGAAAGAACUAGGCCUGUUUCCCACAGUGUGGCACCUCCCCAGGUUGCUUGGUUGGUUGGUUUUUUUAAAAACUUAGUUGGCCAUGAAGCAAUCAACCUGACCUAUACUGCCGCCUUAAGGGUGGGGGUGAGAAUGUCCAAAGAAUGUCAGCAAGCAGCAAGGCUGGUUUAGCUUAUGCCGUGCCAACUUGUUUAAAGCUGCUACCUUUGUUUGCAUGCUGGAAUGUUGUCUUGCCUCCGUCCGCUGUGUUCAAUGACACCGCCAACCCACUUAUUGUUUGGGGCAUGCUGGAACAGGGUGCACACGAGUGGGACAGAAACUGGCAUUCUAGUGUCUGUCCAUGGUGCUAUGUUCACUUUGCCCUCAGCUUUUCAUAGAAUGGAGACAUAGUGAUCAGAUUGAUUUCAGCUGUAGAUUUCUUCCUCCUCUGCAGCUAAGGAGUCUCUUCAUAAAUAAGCUAGAAGCCCUGUACUGUUGGAAGAAGAGAAAUGAAAAAGGCUGUAGCAGUGAAUUUAACCCCCCUAAUCUGUUGCAAUCCCUCUGGCUUAUGCUAGCCAUUUUUGGCUUCCAAAACAAGAUGAACCAGCUCUCUUUCAAUUGGCUAUAGCUCCAUUUUUUACCAGAGACAGCCAACCAAAUAACUGUCUGCAAGUUCAACCACAGUGUUUUUUUUUAAAGAAACCAACACUUCCUCUUCACCAUGUUUAUAUAGAAUGAGAGAAUAUGGAGUGUGUUCUGUGAAACCUCUUUCCACGGGAGGCUCAACAAAAUCUGAAUGCAUGGCUGUCCCUACCAUUAGGUAGAGUGGGGCAAUCACCUCAGGUGGCAAAUGUUUCUUUGUGUGCAACAUGGCCAUCCUGCACCUCCCACAACUACGUAGCUUGCUGUCCUUGGAUGCAAUGGAGAACAACAUUUGCUGCCAGCAUACCUAAUCAGUUUCUGUAUGUGGACUAGAGGGGGCAAGGAGUACCAUUUUGCCCUGCACUGCAGGCACCAUUAACAGACCAAAGUCCAGCCCUGUCAUUAUGAGGCCAUUUUUCAGAAAACAAAUCCCAGUACCCAAAUUCAGUGGGUCUAGUUUGGUAAACUUAACUAGAUACAACGCUUGAAUCCAGCUGCAAGGAGUCCCUUUCAGAAAUAAUACUUUACAGUUUGUGAUGUUUUCAUAUUUUAUAUUAUUGUGUGCUUGGGGUGAAGCAGAUUGAGAAUCAAAUAAAAAUUGUGAGGAAAUGGAGAAGAGUUCUAGCUGGGCCGGAAAAUUCAGCCCAUCACUAAGUCAGGUUAGAAACUGUUAUUUCCUCUCUGUAUGUAUACUUCAAAAUCUGUUCAUUUGGAGAGCUACAAGGCUGGGAUAUUGGGUCUUUUUCCAAAGGCAUUUUCAUUUGUAAAAGUUAGCCUCCUUCUUGGCAACGAGGAGGAAUGUUGUAUUUAAUUUAAAAUGAUUAAUGAGAUUUUGUCAGACUCCUGCCCUCUACCGCCACUGCAGUAUGUCAGAACAACAACCUGGGAAAACGGACGCCACUCUGUCGCCCCAAACAGCUUUCCAGGAAAAAUUAAAGCUGAGUAGCCAGCACCAGGUACUUGUCAAUGGUAUUGUCUUUUGGUUGCUUGACAGUUAAAUGCCAAGUUAAGAUAUUUACCUGUUUGGGACAGAGGGGCCUACAUUAGUUACUUUAGUAGGGGUCUCUCUCUUUUAUGCUAGAGAUCAAUAUUCGGUUUCUGUUGUUUUCUAAAAACAGAAUGUCUGUUUUCCCCCAAACAACCCAAUAAGAAAAGAUAUGACAGUCUUGUUGGAUUUUGAGAGAGAUAAGACUCUCCCUGCUCACAGAUUAGAAUAGCAGAC